AUUAUGUUGAAACUGGUGAUCCAAAGACCCUAUGAAAUUUUUGAAAGAUGUCAACACGAGUUUGAAAAAAUUGCGAUUUUUUGACAUAAAUACUCCUCGUCAAAAUGGAAAAUGGAAUACAAAUCCCAGUGCAAUAUAUUUAUAGAGACUGCAGUGCGACUCAUCAUCUGGUUGCUGUUCAGUUACUUUGAUCAAUCUGAUCCCUUCAUUCGAAACAUCCACGAAAACGAGAUCUGGAAAUAUCAGUUUCAAGUGACACGUAGCUACGUCCCAAAUAAGUGUCUAUGGGCAUUAUUAAUUAUCGUCCCAUCGAUACUUUUUAUCCACGACUUUUGUCAGAAUAAAAACAAAAAAGACGUAGGAUAUGGAUGUCUAGCUCUAUCGUUAUCCUACUGUUUAACUGCACUAAUAACAGCGUACAUAAAAGUCCUAACAGGAAGACCAAGACCAGAUUUCUACUAUCGAUGCUUUCCACAGGGUUCAGGUAAUGAUUAUACCUUGUGUACAGGAAAAAGAGAAAUCUGUAUGGACGGCAGGAAAAGUUUUCCUAGUGGACAUGCUUCCUUGGCUUUUGCGUGUAUGUUCUUUGUGAGUUUAUACCUCAGGAAGAAAUUCGGUCUUUUUGAAGACAAUAGGAGGGGAGAGUCGUGGCAGUUGUGUCUGUGUCUUGUGCCAAUUUUAAGUGCAGCUGCUAUCGCUAUCAGCAGAACGUGCGAUUAUCACCACCACUACGAAGAUGUCGUCGCUGGAAGUUUAAUGGGUUCAGUAAUCUCUUACAUGUGUUACAAACUUUAUUUUCCAAAUACCACAAGCACGUUUGUACAAGAAAUUAAUUAAAUUUGA